AUGGACGGAUGGCAGCUGCUUGAAUCAAUACAACGUAUUCCAAGAACCACUAGCAUUGAUUUGACUCAACCCAAGGCUGUCCAAUCAUCCGAACUGGCACCAGACCUACUGCGGAAAAUUGGUGAAUAUGGAACCACUUUUAAACACUUCUUUCGCGACCAAACGGGGAAUAUCUAUCUACUAGAGCGGUAUGGAACCAAAUAUUGUGUUUACUGGCCAGCCAAUGGUUUCAAUUUCGAUGAUAUACAGCAAGAAUCGAGCCAGUUGAGGAAGACUAAUAAUAAUAUAGCAAGCAAGGGUUGGAACACUUUGCAAUUUGAGGAUAUGCUCGAGCUAUGGAGGGAGGACCAAGAAAAAAGAUCUGUGGAUGUUCCUAUCAAAUUGAAUAUGCAAGUUACCGGGACUUCUGCCCAUCAUGCGAAGAGUUAUCAAAACAUUUCACUCAAGGAUUACCUCGAAACAAAGUACUAUGAGUCGCUAUUUUUCGUUCAUGUACCGUUAGCAUAUUUCCUCAAAUCCAACUUAGAAAGGCUCAAAAGCAUGUGUAGAUUAGCUUCUGUCCAAGACAGUAGUAAAGCCUACAGGGAAUGCGUAAGAGAUAUGAUCCUGGAAAACAAGCAUUUCGACAGGCGUCAUGAAGAAGAUAAUAUAGUGAAAAAUCACCUAUCCAGUUCCAUUGCAGAGACUAAACGAAACGCUUGCCUCGAGAAGUUUGAGAUAGUGGUUCAAGGAGAAACUAACCGCCAGGAUAAAAACGACCUCUGCCUAAUACUGAGAGUGCGUGAGAUUAAGCUGCAGAUUAUACUUCUUUUGGAAAGUAUUCAUAUCGAAAAUCUAGAUAUGGCAUUCAAGGACUUUGAUGCCAAGUAUAGUGGAAGGCUCAAGGCAAGAUCGCUAAACUUAACGAAACUGAUACCACGAAGGUCCAGAAAGAAGAGAUCAAUCCUUUCAGAAAAGCAGAAGACUGAAGAAGGACCCGAUUUUUGCGAGCAAUUGGAUCUCUAUGUGGAUAAACUCUGUAUUUUGGACGUUCUACUUGCUAGUGAGCCUGUUGACACGAAUACCGUAGCAAAUCCAAUCCACGAGCUUAAACGAAAUAUGUUGAGCAAAAAUAAGGAAGCCUCAUCUCUAGGCUUUGUAAACUAUGUCUUAAUACCGCAUUUCACAAGCAAAACUCCAUAUGCCAUACGGUUCAUUAUCCGAAAGCUCAAGGGUCCCAACCUGAGAAACCGAAAGCCAUCACAAAGAAAAGAUACAACCCUAGAAAUCAGUGGAAGUUCUGCUGGACAGACUACCAAGGCCCCAUGUACUCCUUUAUUGCGUCCACAGGCGAACUCUAAUACCUCUUCGCCCAGGUCUUCGAUCGGGCUUCGCCAUCAGAGGAGCCUAAUAGCAGAGCCUACAGACUUGAGGAGUAAUUCAAGUAUGGAGGAGCUUUUAGAGGUCAACGCAGCCGCCAGAAGAAAUCUUGCUUCUUUAUCUCGAACCACGUCAGAUCUAACCAUGAAUCAUUUGCAGAAAAGACAACUUUCGGUCACUGAGCUUAGCUUACAAAGAGCGGUGUCAUCUUCCAAGGAUAGUGCUAAUUUGAUGAAUGAUCCCUUCAAUCCCGCUUUCCCUUCCCAACAAUCUUUUCGCAGAGUUGGCAAGCGCAAGGAACUGCACCAAAUAUCUAGAUCAGCUUCGACAGCUGCAAGUGAUGGCGAAGUUAACCUUGUCCAAGUUAUGGGUACGCCCUUGAAGAAAGACGAAACUCCUAUUAAGAAAAGGGCUAAGUUACAUAACAUCGUUGAGAGUCCUAUUAACCUUCAAAAAAGCGACGCAAACGUCGAGACCGCUCCAGAGCAACGACACACCUCAGACAAAACAUCGGCUCGACGGGGACCAACCAACAGAAGGGUGAGAAGAAAACUUUUCGCACCCUAG